GCACCUGUCGUAGGUAAAUGUAAGUGCGACAGAGCCAAGAACACGGAAGUAACCGUGUGGCCGGAGGCUCGCUGCGCUGUUUCCUGAUUAUUGAAGCUUUGUAUUGAUUGUUGAUGAUGACUGGGGGCGCGACCCUGAUCCCGCUGAAGCUGCUCGCGCUCGGGCUCGUGCUGGCUUCGGGUCUGGCUAUGGACUGCAGUUGGAACCAGUCCACCGACCCCAAACAGGUCCCGGAUUUCGAGGCUGGCGGAGCGCGGCUGCUGAGCAAUGUGAUGGAGCUCGAUCCCAAGAGUUGCCGGGCGAUGUGCUGCGCGCUUCCGGACUGCGAUCUGGCUGUGAUCGGGUUUCCGACGGACGGACCGACCCACUGCAAGCUGGUGGGCUGUGGGGACGGCCACGACGCCUGCGCACUUCGUCCCAGUAGCCAGUUUGAGGUUUACCGUAAGCUCGUGGCGGAAAAGGCCGACGGAGAUGCGCAGGAGGGCGGCCAGGAGGAGAACAACAUGCCGCAGGUGCAGCGCUGGGAGCCGCGGAGCAACGGGUCUAACAACAUUCGCUGUCGCUUGCCGAUGAAGGUGGGCCCGUGUCGCGCUGCCUUCCCACGCUUCUUCUACAACGUGACGAGCGGGAACUGCAGCAGCUUCGUGUACGGCGGCUGCGAGGCCAACAGAAACCACUUUGAGUCUCAGGAGGAGUGUGAGGCCACCUGUUCCGGGGUCACAGGCCCAGUUCUCCCUGAUGAGUCCACUCCUGCUCCUCCUCCUGUUAAAGCUCCUCGGAUGGCUCCAAAUGUUCUGGUUGAAUCUGAUCCAGAAUCUGCUGACUUUGACAAAUCUGAGUACUGCGAGGCGAAGCCUGAAACGGGUCCCUGCAGAGCAUCGCUGAGGCACUGGUACUACAACCGAGAGACAGGAAACUGUGAGAUGUUCACGUAUGGAGGCUGCAGAGGAAACAAGAACAACUACCUAACCAGAGAGAGCUGCAUGCAGACCUGCACAGUGUCCGUCCUUCCAUCCUCUAAGAAAUCCGCAGAUGAGGACUCCUCAGACAACAAGGGGAUGUGCACAGACAAGCCGGACUCCGGGCCCUGCCGUGCCGCCUUCACAAUGUUCUACUACGAUCUAGACUCCGCCUCCUGCCAGCCCUUCAUAUAUGGCGGUUGCCGUGGCAAUUACAACCGGUAUGGCAGCGAGGAUGAGUGCAUGAGUAGCUGCAGUGGAGGUCGGCUUGACUUUCAUGAUAAAGUCCAAAACCACUGGACCGCAGCCUUCUUCCUCUUCGUCACGCUGACAGCCAUCUCUGCCCUGCUGCUGGCCACACUCAUCAUCAUCACGCUGAGACGGCACCGCCUCUCCCGCCGCCGGUCCUCCAGCGAUAAGGAGGAGCUGCUUCCAGAUGAGCAGGCGUCCGUAGACUCCCUCCCCCUCCCUGAGAGCCCCAAACUGGAUCAGAAGGCCUGAGGGGGCGUGGCUGAAGGCGUCGCUGAGUGUGGGGGCAGGGCUUGUUGUGAUGCUGCUGUCAGAGACGCUUGAAGGUGUCAGCUAAAUAAAACAUCCCCUUUCCUUCGUGUUGCAGCACAAUUACACUGCGUCUGUUACUGAAUAAUCAAUCACUGUAUCGAUCUGCACUGAUCAGAGCUUUAACUUCCUGAUAUUAAAGGAGCAGUCCUUCUAAUUUAACCAAACACAGUGAGAAAUUUGAUGAAGAGCUUUAGUUUAUGUUAGUUUUCUUUUUUUACAUAAUCAAUCACUCUGUGAAGCUUUAGAUUACCCUCAUCCAGCAAAACAUCUGAACCAAUAAUCAAAGUGAAUAUCGAGUCGGGUCAGGUGAUCUGUACCUCACAGCUGAUGAAACUAAACAGUUUUCUAAUUUGAACAUGAAAUUGAUCAGAAAUGUUGUAGAAGGCAAUAAUUACUGAACAGAACAUCACCUCUGUGUAGUGACACACCUGGCAGGUGCUGAGGAGUCACUUUAAAAAUGACAUUUGGUGAUGAUGUGAUCACAGCAGCAAGCAGCUGAUUGGUUGAGCGUGGACCAUCUGUGCUCUGGUAUGUACUAAUCCCCUCACAGAUGCUCCUCCCAGCUCACGCAGGUACCAUCCAAUGGAGCUGAAUCUGAUUCUCAGACUGCAAGUUCUGUCACUCAGGUGUGCAUCGUGUGGGCGGAGUCAGUUUGAGCUUCUAUGUGGAGGGAGUAGUACACAGCAGUGACUCUAAGUUUAAUGAAGACUUUCAGCUUAAACUCCUGCUUUUGGCAGUUUUCAGACUCCAUCCAUGAAACUCGCCAAUGGGUUUCUUUUUCUGCUGAGCAGCCCUUUAACCUCGUGUGCCAGGUGUGUUCCUCUGUGUAAACAUAGAUGUUUGUUGAUCCGUGAUGUCAUCGAUUCCAUUGAUCAGUAAUAGUUUUUUUUCAGCAUUCCAGUUUUGUGUUAAAAAUAAAAUUGUUUCUCACGCUUAAAUAAAUGGAUGGGGGUCUUUGAUCAUCUCAGGGGCAGGUCUGUGGCGGUACUAUUUUCUAACUAAAUACAGCAUAUCCUUUGGCCCAGUGGUGGGCUCAGAGAAGAAUGUGGUGCAGGUGUUGCUGGACCUGCAGCUCCUUUGUGGUUCACACCUAUAAGCAUGUGUGUGAUCAGCUCAGGGGUGUUUAAUCAGAGCAUUCAGUGCAGCGUCUCCUUCGGCUGGAUGCUAGAGGACUUUAGCUCACUCAGAUUAUUGAUCAGACCCUAACCUGAGGUCAAACUGAGCGCACUACGUGUCCCACAAUGCACCUGGGGACUUGAUGGCUCCCCCUGCUGGGGAAACUGCACUGGGCCUAUUAAGGUGAUUUUUUUGUUUGUUUGUUUGUUUGUUUGUUUUAAUACUGUUUUAUCUUUAUUAGCUGUAAACUGUGUGGGGUUUAAGAAAACUCAUAAUAAACUUUUAUUUUACUCUGAAAA